AUGUGUCUGAACGCAGCACUAUACCUGGAUGACCCGGUCAUAACGGUGCACCAGAGCGUUGGUGAAUCGAAGGAGCAGUUCUACUUUGAGAGGACGGUGUUUCUCCGCUGCGUCGCCAACUCCAACCCGCCGGUGCACUACACGUGGAGGAGGGGCAGGGAGGCGCUGACGCAGGGCUCGGACGCCGGCGUGGAGAUCUACGAACCCUUUUUCACACAGGGUGAGACGAAGAUCUUGAAGCUGAAGAAUCUUCGUCCUCAGGAUUACGCCACGUACAACUGCAUCUCCUCCGUCAGGAACGUCUGCGGCAUCGGAGACAAGAGCGCCCACUUCAGUCUGAACAACAGGACAGCUCCUCCCGCCAUUAAGCUCCUCCUGGAGGACCCCCUGGUGGUGAACCCGGGGGAGACCAUCACUCUGGUGUGUGUGGCGUCGGGGGGAGACCCUCCUCCCACCCUGCAAUGGGCGAGGCCGGGAGGGGAGGCGCUCCCGAAGAGGAGCGUCGUCAAUGGGGGCACGCUAACCAUCCCUGGCGUCACUGUGGACGACGGCGGUGCCUACAGCUGCAUGGCGUCCAACAACGUGGGGAACCCUGCCAAGAAGUCCACCAGCAUCCUGGUCAGAGGUCUUCGUAAAGGUCGCUUCUGGAUCACGCCCGACCCGUACCACAACGACGACAACAUCCAGAUCGGCCGCGAGGUGAAGAUCAGCUGCCAGGUGGAGGCCACGCCCCCCGAGGAGCUGCAGUUUGGCUGGCUGAAAAACGGCCGGCCGCUGAGGAGCUCUGAGCGGAUGGUCAUCACCCACACCGACACCGACGUCACGCCGGGAACCACCAACCUCGACAUCAUCGACCUCAAGUUCACCGACUUCGGCACGUACACCUGCGUGGCGUCGCUGAGGAACGGAGGAACGCCUGAGAUCAGCAUCGACGUCAACAUCUCAUCCACCACAGUUCCUCCGGAGCUGACGGUCCCCAGGGGGCGCUCUCACCUCAUCUCGCAGGAGGGCGACACCGUGGACCUGCAGUGUCUGGUCUCAGGGAAACCCAAACCCAUCAUCCUCUGGUCCCGCGUGGAGGAGAGCGGGGUGGCGGCGGCGGCGGCGGCGGCCGUGAUCCUGAUGCCGGACGGCGCGGAGCAGACGGAGAGCUACGACGGCGUCCUGAGGAUCAGCAACGUGACGAGAGACAUGAGCGGGACGUACCGCUGCCGCACGAGCCAGUACAACGGCUUCAACGUGAAACCACGAGAGGCCCUGAUCCAGCUGGUGGUGCAGUUCCCCCCCGUGGUGGAGCCGGUGUACACGGAGAUCCGCCAGGCGCUCGGCCGGGCGUUCAGCCUCACCUGCCGCCUGCUGCGAGCUCACCCGGCGCGCCUCCUGCGCUACGAGUGGAAGCUGGGCUCGCGCCUCCUCACCGUUGGACAGUUCAGCGAGCAGCGCGACGACACGUCCUACCUGGUCAAAGCCCUGAACCGCGAGGGCUACGGCGAGUACACCUGUGACAUCACCAACGAGGCCGGGGCGGGCCGCUGCACCUUCCUGGUCACAGGGAAGGCCUACGCUCCGGAGUUUUACUACGACACGUACGGCGCUCUGUGGCAGAACAGACCUCGAGUCUACGGCUUCAAGCUGCAGUGGACGCAGAUGGAGCCCAACGCCGUGGACCGGAUCCUGGCCUACAGACUCGGCAUCAGACAGAUGAGUCAGUCUCGCUGGUGGGAGCAGGAGAUUCCCAUGGAGGGAACCAUCCAGAGGGGGGAGCUGCUGACCUACAACCUCACCGAACUCAUCAAACCCGAGUCCUACCUGGUCCGCCUGACCCCCAUCACCCGCUACGGCGAGGGCGACUCCACCGAACGCAUCAUCACGUACAGCGCUCCUGUUAACCCACAUCUCAGGGAGUUCCAGUGUGGUUUUGAGGACGAGGCGUUGUGUUUGUUCUCUCAGGACAAAGCAGACGAGUUCGACUGGACGCGUCACAGCGCCGCCACACGAGACACCAAAUACACCCCGAACACCGGACCGAGCUCCGACCACACCGGCUCCAAGCAGGGUACACACACACACACACACACACACACACACACACACACACACAACCGGUUCUAUCCGGUUGUGUUCUCCAGUGACGCCGUCUCUACAAGAACCCCACCGGUUCAGUCGUCUGACGCCGUCCAGCUGCGUUCCAGUUGGACGUGGAAGCUGGUUUUUGACAGAGCGGACGUAUUUGACGAGUUCAGGCUGUUUCUCCGCUCGUAUCGGUAA